GUGUGCUAUGGUUCUGGACAGGCGCCGUGUCCUUGAAACAUCGCUGUUUGAUUCGGAACAAAUUGUAACGGUACAAUAUUUGAGCAGACAUGCCGAUAUACCCCUUACUUGUCAAAGUGAUGGCAGUGGUAAUGAUGAGGAUUAUCCAUCUCUGCCCAGCAGACAAUUUCGAACGCAGCUUGUUCGGGAUUGUGACCUUGAAAAUGCUCGAAGAGCGUACCGUGAAACGGAAACAUGCGAGAUUUAUUGCUUACAUACAAAACCUAUAAAGGUAAAUUUUGCAAUGUUUUGUUAAUG